CGCGCGCUGCGGGGAGAGAGAGAGACACGGACGAACCGAACCGGGCGGUCACGUCCACAGGGAAACCAACCGUCGUUGUCAGGUCUAAUUACACCAGUCGUUGAAAAAAGCUGUCAGUGCCGUAUAGCUUUGGAAGAUUCGGGAUUUUUUUUCAGGAUGCUCAUCUAUCAACCUGUGCAGCGGGGAAAUAUCCCGCAAGUCGUGAUUUUGGGUUCGGGCUGGUGUUAAAAAUCUCGCUUCAGUGGAUGAAAAGGCCCUGAUAUAUCGGCGCAUCGCAGAAAGCAGGAAAGUGAGGAAAUACCGAUAAAAUAUCAUAACCAACGCGCCACAGCACGCAUUCGCCGUUCGGUGUUUUGAUGCGCAAGGUCUGUGUUUACCUGAGGUGCCUUUGAAACUGGAUACCUGCUGUGUGCUCAUAAGAGUGGGGGUUCUAAAGCCUCUUAGUGUGUGGUAUUUGAAUUAAAGUUAUAUUCAUCUUCAUUGUGUAUUUAUAGACAGAUCGUUUUGACAGUAUCCUCUUGGGAGGACUGGGAUUGUGUUUGCUAACCGAAACCUAGUGGGCAAUCAAUAAAAAUAACUCAGCUUUAAGAUUCAUUAAAGAUUAAUUAAAUACCUUAUUCUCAAAUCGUUGAGGUCAAUAGCCAUUUUCAAAGAGUUCUUUCAGAGAGAUACACCCAGUCUUUUACAGGUCACUUCAAGUGUAAGCCAGGAUUCUUCCUGCAUUGGUUUCUGUGCUGUAAACCUCUGAGCUCUAGAUAAGGUCAGGAUUCGAACCCUACUUUCAAACCUGCCCAAUCCAUAGCUGUGAUCCCAUACAUUUGCAACCAUUCGCCCCUCUCUUGCCACAGCAGUUCUCCCAUCCAGGCCCCGCUCCAACCAGGCGCCAAGCAUGGCGCCCCAGGGGCGGGAUCACCUGGUCACACGGGAGUCUGCAGCUCGUAGACGAAGCCCAAAUGUCCGUCACACGCUCAGCCCUGAGAAUCUAAGAAGCUUAACUGAGCGCGGCGGGGCCGAGCAGGCUGGAGUGGGACUCCUCAGAGCCAACAGUGACACGGACCUGGUCAGUUCUCAAGGGCGUUCAUCACUCACAGCAUCUACUUUGGAAUUCACCAUGGGCCGGGGACAGAACUUGGUCAUCUCAUGGGAUAUCAAGGAGGAGGUGGAUGCUACAGACUGGAUUGGGCUGUAUCACAUAGAUGAAACUUGUCCAUCAAACAUGUGGGAUUGCAAGAAUCGUGGAGUUAAUGGUUCACAGUGUGGUCAGAUUGUCUGGAGACUGGAGGCAGGGUCGUACUUCCAGGAACCUGAGACAAGGAUCUGUUUUAAGUACUACCAUGGUGUGAGUGGUGCAUUGAGAGCCACAACUCCCUGUAUCACAGUCAAGAACCCUAGAGCUUUGGCUGAUGGUCAAGGUGACGGACAACAGACCUCAGACAGCAGUCGAAAACUGGUCAGCUUUACUUUGUCAGAUAUUCGUGCUGUGGGGCUGAAGAAGGGAAUGUUUUUCAAUCCAGACCCUUAUCUAAAGAUGAGUAUCCAUCCAGGCAAGAGAAGCUGCUUUCCGACCUUUUCCCAUCAUGGCCAGGAGAGAAGAUCUGGCAUCACGACAAACACUACUAACCCCAUUUGGCAUGGAGAGAAACAUACUUUUGUGGCUCUUAUGACAGAUGUCUUAGUAGUAGAAGUUAAGGACAAGUUUGCUAAAAGUCGACCGAUUAUUAAGCGCUUUCUGGGUCAGCUGAACAUGCCCGUACAGAUGCUGCUGGAGAAACACGCAUCAGGGAACCAAUCACUGAGCUUCUCUUUGUGCCGACGGUUGCCCACUGAUCAUGUGAGCGGCCAAAUGCACUUUAAGGUCGAUGUUACAUCUAUGGGCCCAGAUGACAUUUCCCCAGAGACGAUUCUUGGGGCAGCAGCUCUCAAUGGAGCUCCAGGAACCCCUUCAGAUGACGAAGACCUACCCCACCCUCUCCCGGUCCAGUCAGCGGAUCCUUCCCCCACAGGCUCCCAGGCUUCUCAUAGAAACGGGGAAGGAAGCAGCAUACCCUCUCCAGACACAGAGAUCUAUGGUGCCACCCUGGACGACGAGGGCCCUUCUUCCCCUGACCUGCUCCAAGGUUCUUUCAGCGAGCAGCUUGAUGCCAUUGAGGCCCCUAAAAGGCCAGGAGAGAGGCCUCUUGGGGCAGCAUCUCCUAAAUUGCACUCCAGCUUUCCUACACAUACUCGCCUUAGCGCCAUGCUACACAUUGACUCAGAUGAAGAUGAGGAGAGGUCCGGCGCUACGGAGGCCACAUCGGUAACAUUUAACGGUUACCCAAAGACUCUACUGCCAGGGAAAAUGAAAGUACCUGUGCCUAAAGGAACUAUAGGGAAACCUCCAGGAGAGGCUGGGUCGAAGUGUGAAAAUGUUGAAACUGAGGUGGCUGCUGAGAUGGAGGUAAUGCCGAGUUCAGUGGCCCCUGAGGUAGAAACCGCCAGCUUGCUGGAGAAGCAUGUGGAGGAGGAAGUGGAGGUAGAAGAGGAGGAAGAGGGGUUGGCACCCAGCGAGGAGCUGGCAACCGAAGUCGAUAUCUCCUCAAUGGCAUCUGACAGCUGUGUGGUCCCAGAAUCUGCUUCUCAGGAAGCAGAACAGGGAGCUGAGGCAGCCAUUGAUCCAGGAGGAGAUGAUCUUUCAGAUGACCCGCCCACAACUUAUGAGGUUGCUGAGACUGUUGAGGAGACUCCUCCAACCAAUGAGAUAGAGAGGGGUGUGCCACAACCAACCAUUGAAGAGGAAGAAUGUGAAGAUGUGACUGAGGACACAAUGUCCAGAAGGUGGAGUCUGGAGGCGACAGCAGGUGUGUCACAGGAGGACGAGGAAGAGGAGCUAAUGCAUUCAGGGGAUGGAGAAUCUGUGGAUUCUGAGACUUUCGUUACAGAGACAGAAUCAGGUGUCCCUCAGAUAAAUGGAGAUGUUCACUCUCUGCCCUCCAUAAGACAGGACAUCCACAGAUACCAGCGUGUGGACGAGCCCCUACCUCCCAACUGGGAGGCUCGCAUCGACAGUCAUGGCCGUAUUUUCUUUGUGGAUCAUGUGAAUCGCACAACGACCUGGCAGAGACCCACAGACCCACCUGCUCCUCAAGGUCUCACCCGUUCCAGCUCCAUACAGCAGAUGGAGCAACUCAACCGCAGGUAUCAGAGCAUUCGUAGAACAAUGACCAGUGAAAGAUCUGAGGAGCAAAGAGUGGAGGAACCGUCUCCUGAUGAAACAGACAUGUUACCUAACUCUAUCUCUGAAUUUCGGAGGGACGGCUUUGCGGGUCAAGCAAGCGCACGCUCUCGUCUAGCUUUGCUGCUUCAGUCACCCGGUGCAAAGUUCCUCUCCAGUCCCGACUUCUUUUCUGUACUGCAUUCAAAUCCUAGUGCCUAUCGUAUGUUCACAAGUAACACAUGUCUGAAGCACAUGAUCAGUAAGGUUCGGCGGGACGCCCAGCACUUCGAACGUUACCAGCACAACCGAGACCUUGUCAAUUUCCUCAAUUUGUUUUCCAACAAGCAGCUGGAGCUGCCACGGGGCUGGGAGAUGAAACAUGACCAAACUGGCAAGCCUUUCUUCGUAGACCACAACUGUCGUGCCACAACGUUUAUUGACCCGCGGCUGCCCCUACAGAACUCUCGUUCUAGCGGCCUGUUGGCUUACAGACAGCACCUGUCCCGCCAGCGCAGCCACAGCACAGGAGACGUUGCUGAUGAGUCUCGCUCUCCAAGCCCCCCUGUCCAGGGCCGGUCAUCCAAUAACUUUGGUGGUUCAAGGAACACUCAGUACCAAGACUUGGUACCUGUUGCCUAUAAUGAGAAGAUUGUCGCAUUUCUACGACAACCCAACAUUUUUGAGAUUCUGCAAGAGAGACAACCAGAGCUUGUCAGAAAUCACUCACUCAGAGAAAAAGUUCAGUUUAUUCGUAAUGAAGGAGCAACUGGGUUGGCCCGCUUGUCUAGUGAUGCAGACCUAGUUAUGUUACUCAGCCUGUUUGAAGAGGAAGUGAUGUCGUAUGUGCCACCCAAUGCCUUGCUGCUAUCCAGCUACUGUCAUGCCUCCCCACAGAACUCCCCUGGAACUCCAAGAGCAAAUGCUCGAGCCCCUGCACCCUACAAGCGUGAUUUUGAGGCCAAAUUAAGAAACUUUUACCGCAAACUGGAGACCAAGGGCUACGGGCAAGGGCCAGGAAAAGUGAAGUUGAUCAUUAGAAGAGAUCAUCUGCUGGAAGAUGCUUUCAACCAGAUCAUGUGCUAUUCUCGCAAAGACCUCCAGAAGAGCAAACUAUAUGUUAGCUUCGUUGGAGAAGAAGGGUUGGAUUAUAGUGGUCCAUCCAGAGAGUUCUUCUUCCUGGUUUCCCGUGAGCUCUUUAAUCCAUACUAUGGACUGUUCGAAUACUCAGCUAAUGACACUUACACUGUGCAGAUCAGCCCCAUGUCAGCCUUUGUGGACAACCAUCAUGAGUGGUUUCGAUUCAGUGGACGAAUACUGGGUCUUGCUUUAAUUCAUCAGUAUCUAUUGGAUGCGUUCUUCACUCGACCCUUCUACAAAGGUCUUCUUCGCAUCCCUUGUGAUCUAAGUGACCUGGAGUUUCUGGAUGAGGAGUUUCAUCAGAGUCUGCAGUGGAUGAAGGACAAUGAUAUUGAGGAUAUGCUGGACCUUACCUUUACGGUUAAUGAAGAAGUAUUUGGACAGAUUACAGAGCGUGAGCUGAAGCCGGGCGGGUCUGGCAUCCCUGUGUCAGACAAGAACAAGAAGGAAUAUAUUGAACGCAUGGUGAAAUGGAGGAUUGAGAGGGGUGUGGCCCAGCAGACAGAGAGUCUUGUUCGAGGAUUCUAUGAGGUGGUGGAUGUCCGACUUGUCUCCGUCUUUGAUGCUCGAGAGCUGGAGUUGGUUAUUGCUGGUACAGCAGAGAUUGACCUGUCAGACUGGAGAAGCAAUACAGAAUACAGAGGAGGUUACCAUGACAACCACAUAGUGAUUCGAUGGUUCUGGGCUGCAGUGGAACGUUUCAAUAAUGAACAAAGGCUACGACUUCUUCAGUUUGUUACAGGCACUUCCAGUGUUCCCUAUGAAGGCUUUGCCUCUCUGCGGGGCAGUAAUGGCCCACGUCGAUUCAGCGUGGAGAAAUGGGGCAAGGUCACCUCUCUCCCACGGGCUCACACCUGCUUCAACCGUCUGGAUCUUCCUCCCUACCCCUCCUUUUCUAUGCUUUAUGAAAAGAUGGUCACUGCUGUGGAGGAGACCAGCACAUUUGGUCUGGAGUGAGCUCCUGCCAUAGCAAAAGUGCUACUGAAUAUUUUUUCCUGUUCACCACAACCUGGCUCCCCAUGCAGCCAUUUUCUUCCACCUUGUGUCAUCCUCACACUUCUAUUGGUGAAAGUCUACACAUCUGGAAUAUAUGCCAUCAAAUGACUUACUGGAGAAGUGCCAACUCCUGAUCCUUACGUUAUGAACUUAGUACUGAAUGCCAACUGUGAUAAUUGUAUUUUAAUCCACACAAUGAAAGACUUACAUACAUAGUCACAGACAUCAGAGCUGGAGUCUUGAUCAUUUAGCUAUAGAGAUGGUCGUAGAUUAUGGACUUAUCAAAAUAAGUGCAUUUGAUUUAAAUUUGAAAAAGAGACUGUGGUCCUGACAAAACUGUGUUCCUAAAAGUCCAAAGAGAGGCUAAUUUACAGUAAUCUAGUCACUUUGAUGUAGGCGGUUUUAUGUCUUCACAUUUUCAGGGACAUCCCUAUGAUGAUUAAUGCUGCAGUUAUUUGUCACGGUUAGUUUUUUAGUCGAGAUGGACUUUUAUAUGGUUCCAUUUUUGGAGGUUUAACUGCUGAGAAGGAUUUCUACUUGGGGUUUUGGUUUUAAAGGGUCUUAUUCAGAGUUUGGCUAUAGGUUCUGGGUUGAAAGGAUAUUGAUCUUGACUGCAGCUCUGAAACCACAUCAACUUAAUUUUGUCCAGAAUAACAAGCAAAUGAAAUGCACACGAAAACACUUAAACAGCAUGCAUACCCUCUUACUGUGAUCCUUGCACCAAAUGUAGUAAUGAUAGCAUAGAAACUAAAGAUAUGGACUAGUAACCCAAAGGCCCUGGGUUCAAACUUUGGGAAGGAACUAGAGUUCAUGUAUCAACAUUUUGCCUUUAAGCAAGGCAUUUAUCCCAAGUUCCAGAGUGAUUGUAAAUGUAUCCUAAAUGACUUUGGUUAGAAAGCUUUUUGGUGUCUACUAAACAA